AUGUUGAUUGGAGAUAUUUGGAAGCAAGGGAAAAGCUGGCAUUUAGUAGGAACAUACAGGCUUUCUAGAGGGAAGAUCUUGGAUUCAAUUCCUGCCUCUCCAGAUAGUGUAUCGAAAGCUUUAUGCUUAAUACCCUGGAGGUUUGCAAGUGACUAUCUCGGUGGGGCCACACUGAUCAUGCUCAGGAGUUUCUGUCUUCAGCUCAUGUCCUUGCUUUGGAUUCUUGCGGCCCAUCACCACUUUACCCAAGGUGAUGACUGCAGUGACCACUGUAAUUUGGCCCACGGCAGCUGUGAAAAGAAUGGCAAAUGCAGAUGUGAUCCCGGUUGGGAGGGAAAAUAUUGUGAACACUGUGUGAGAAUGCCUGGCUGUGGCCAUGGGACAUGCCACCAGCCCUGGCAAUGCAUUUGCCAAAGUGGCUGGGCUGGCAAGUUCUGUGACAAAGAUGUUCACAUCUGCGAGCAUCAGUCGCCGUGCAAAAAUGGAGCUGAGUGUGUUUAUGAUCGUGACGGAGAAUAUUCCUGUCAGUGCCUUGAAGGAUUCCAUGGAAAGGACUGCGAGCUGAAGACAGGGCCAUGUGAGAAAGCAGGAUUUCCAUGCAAAAAUGGUGCAUCGUGCCAUGAUAAUAAUGGCUUUGCUUCCAAUUACACCUGCAAGUGCUUGGCUGGAUUCACUGGUACACAUUGCGAGACUGAUGUCGAUGACUGCCUCAUGCGUCCCUGUGCCAAUGGCGCCACCUGCCUCGAUGGCAUUAAUCGCUUCUCCUGUCAGUGCCAGGAUGGCUUUGAAGGACGUUUCUGCACCAUCAACAUUGAUGAUUGUGUCAGCCAACCAUGCAAGAAUGGGGCUAAGUGUUAUGAUCGUAUCAACAAUUUUGAUUGCUUGUGUCCCGAGGGCUUUGCUGGGAAAACAUGUGAGCUCCUAGCUCCCGAGGCAACCUGGAUCACUAUAUCCCAGCCUGAUGCCAAGGACCACAACAGGGCUCUGGGAAGCACAACCAGCAGUUACGCUUGGAUGACCCAGUCUGAGCCGGCCAAGGUUAUAGUUACGGGAAAGCGGAUCACUAACUACAGCGAGAAAUCAAAUGAUGGCGGGCUGUUAAUCUCUGUGAAAGAGGUGGUGACUCAGCAAGACUCAGGACUGAGUCAGUCACAGCUCAUUUUAGUGCUUGUAUUUGGGGGAAUUACUAUUGUGUUGGUCUUAGUGACCGUGUUGCUGCUGCUGAAGAAUUGGCAGAGGGGGCGCCAGAGAAGUCAGAGCCCCUCCCAAACUGCAAGGAAGCUUCAGGACCAAGAAUGUCAAGUGGGAAUGUUAAGUACAAUCUUGAUAGAACCCAGGAAAACAACAGAGCUGUAAGGAGCCAGAAUCAGAGCCUGGUUGAUCUAGAAAUGCCCACCGGUGAUUCAGAGAAUCCUUCCAGCCACGUCUGGGGUCAGUUCUGGCUGCUUAUCUCCAAAGCGUUGAGGGCUCUGAUGGAACUGAAGGCUGUGAAUUGGCAUGAAGGAAAGUGUCCACAAGGCAGUAAAUCCUGCUUUUAGAAAAGAAUUCUUGAAUGUGUGCAGUAAAUCCAUUGGCAUGUUGACUUCAACUCAUCAAGGCAGCCAAGGAAACAUUGGGCUAGGAUAACCCUCCUUUUGAAAACAGCAAGUGGAUCAGAAGGUUGUUAUCCGACAUGCGUUCUGCAAUGUAUAAUGGCGCCAAAGGUGCCAAGACAGUUUAUAGGAGCUGUAACUUUGUUAGGCCUUCAGGCAUCUGAUAACUCUUGGUUAGAGUCUUUGCAGGUUUCAUAUGGCCUAUUCUGAGAGUUUAGAAACUGCUGUGGAUAUGCCCUGACUCUAGAAUUCUGGUCCAAACAAUAUAGAAUUUUUCUACCAGAGGCCAUUUUGUGUUCCAAUGACAAUAUUUUCCCAAGGGCCUCAUAAUGCCAUGAGACAAUUUGCUGACCAUUUUUAUUACAUCUCCCUUCUCUU